GAAAAAUCUUUGUGUGCGUUCUACUUCUACAAAGAAGCAAAAACAGAAAUAAAUAAAAUAAUAAAUAUUGUACCUGGCAAGUACCUUGCCUGUACCUCUCUGCCCAUUACCUUUCCAUGUAUAUAUAUUUCCUCAUCCUCCUCCAUAUUAUUUCUCAAGCACUCUCUUUUCCACUUCCUGUAAAACCCCACUUAUAUUUGCACUCUCUUCUCUUUUUUUCCUUCCCUCAAAAAGCCCUUCAUACCUACUAUUCUCCUCUUUCUAUUCCAACCUAACAUCCCCUUCUGCCUCUAAAGCAAUCCAUGAAGCAGCUCAUCCGCCGCCUCUCGCGAGUCGCCGACUCCUCUCAGUACAGUCUUCUGCGUUCUGAUUCACAAUCCCAUAGAUGUUCCGCCAGCUCGAGAUCGACGCGCCGAGCCGAGUCUUUUCGUAGUUUGGUGAAGCCGGUAAGGAGAGUCGGUGGAGGCCAGUCUUCGGUUCCUGAGGGUCAUGUACCUGUGUACGUCGGAGACGAGAUGGAGCGCUUUGUAGUAAGCGCGGAGCUCCUAAAUCACCCGAUCUUCAUCGGCCUUCUGAACAAGUCCGCUCAGGAAUAUGGCUACGACCAAAAAGGAGUGUUGAGAAUUCCCUGUCACGUGCUGGUAUUUGAACGAAUCAUGGAAGCGCUUCGUCUCGGCCUUGAAUCACGUGAUGUGGAAGACCUCCUGAGUUCAUUGUUCGCGGAUGACUACUUCUAAAUUAGGCUCUUUUUUUUUUUUAAAGAUCCUUGAGUUACAUAGAGAGAGGAAAAUCAAGAGAUCCUUUUUUUUGGGGUGUAAAUAUGCUUUUUGUCACCUCAAGUUUAAAGGGGUGUUGCUUAUUUUUCAGGGCUUUUUAUUUUUCUUCUGUAAAAAAAUCAGGGACUUGAGUUUCCAUGGAAAUAUACAUAAUGCCUGUUUUUUUGCCCUUA